CUGUAAUACACGUAAAGCCAGUCCACUAGAUGCGAUUUGCUCUUCCCCUCCGAUUUGCCGUCCCCGGUCUCGCUGCCGCUCUGGUCGGAGGCUGUGAGAGAGGGAGAUGACGGGACUAGGUGGCGGCGCGGCGGCCCCCGGGGACUACGUCUACUUCAAGUCCGUCGUCCCGCUCCACAAGAUCUCUAUUGGAUCAAAAUUGUGGAGAUAUUAUGAUUUUGGCCCCAAGGCUGUGCCACCCCUUAUCUGCAUCCCAGGAAUUGCUGGGACGGCUGAUGUAUACUAUAAACAGAUAAUGUCCCUCUCUAUGAAGGGUUAUCGAGUAAUAUCUAUUGAUGUUCCCCAAGUUUAUAAUCACCAUGAAUGGAUUCAUUCCUUUGAAAAGUUUUUGGACUCCAUGAAUAUCCAUCAUCAGGUUCAUAUCUGUGGUACAUCUCUUGGUGGAUUUCUUGCACAAAUAUUCGCUCAAUACCGCCCAAGGAGAGUAAAGUCCUUGGUGCUAUCAAAUACCUUUCUUGAGACACACAAGUUUGCUGCUGCUAUGCCAUGGUCUCCACUUGUCAGCUGGACCCCUUCUUUUUUGCUGAAGAGGUAUCUCUUAACAGGAAUCCGAGAUGGUCCACAUGAACCAUUCAUUGCAGAUUCUGUGGAUUUUGUAGUGGGUCAGGUAGAGACAUUAUCAAGAGAAGACCUUUCGUCAAGGUUGAUAUUAAAUGUUAAUGUUGCAUCAGUUGGGUCAUUAUCGCUACCUGAUUCAUUCAUCACAAUAAUGGAUACGAACGACUACUCUGCUGUUCCUCAGCAGUUGAAGGACCAAGUGAAUGAAAGGUAUCCAAGUGCAAAGCGUGCAGUACUGAGGACUGGUGGGGAUUUUCCCUUCCUGUCACGUCCAGAUGAGGUCAAUUUGUACCUUCAGCUACACUUAAGGCGAGUUGGAGUAGAACCAAGACCAGAUCUAGUCCAGGGUUUCACACGGGAUGGUAGCUCCGGCUCAAACGACCACGAAGAUGGAAACAGUUUUGAUGACCAUCCCACAGAUGAUGGGGACCGUAGUUCAGGCAGCGAUGGCCGUAAGACAGAGCACUCUGAAUCAGGGCCACCUAAUUCAGAUGGACUGGUACCAACAAGCAUAGUGCUAGGCAUGGUCAGUUCAGCUCUCCAUGUUUCCCUAUGUGCGUGCUCAUGAUGCAUCAUUACUAUACAUCCGUUUUGUAUAUUUCUUCAAGCCGGUUGUUUAAUGUAUGAAGUAGUGAAUUAUGCCUUUUAGUAUAGAACUCGUCUGUUAGAAUAUCAGCAGACCCGUGAGUGGCGCAACUGCAUUGGAACAACUGAUGGAAUUCAUUCAUGUAUUUUGUGUAAUAGGAAUUUCUUCUUUAUUCUGUGUUUGUAGGCUCGUACAUUGAUGAAUUAUAGAUGCCCGAGACAUGUGAUUGUGGUUGCUUGUUUUUCUUUGAACCGAAUAAAUUGCAUAACCUCGAUAAUUU